AAAUAGACAAAAGAUACCCGCCUACAAACAAUUUCCAGGCCCAGUAACUAUUUUUUUUAACGCAUAUCGGGAGAGUUUCGUCAUAUACAGUCCAUAUUGCCAGCCAUGAAGUUGGAUACCAGAGCAAUGCGCCAUCUGGCGUCCGAGGACUGGCGAGUCCUCACAGCUGUCGAAGCAGGCAGCAAGAAUCACGAAAUCGUGCCCACGCCUUUAAUAGAAAAACUAUCCCGCCUCCGAGGCGGCGCAAGCGGCGUCCACAGGAGCAUCUCUACCCUCGCCAAAGUCGGCCUCAUCGCCCGUGUCAAAGAGGCCAAAUACGAUGGAUACCGCCUGACAUAUGGAGGUCUUGACUACUUAGCACUACACACUCACGCCAGCCGCAAAGAUGUCUACAGCGUCGGUAACCGAAUCGGUGUCGGAAAGGAAAGCGACAUCAUGGUUGUCGCAGAUCACUCCGGCAAGCAGUGCGUAUUGAAGAUCCAUCGCUUGGGACGAAUUUCUUUCCGAACGGUAAAAUCCAACCGAGACUACCUAAAAAACCGCAAUGCGCAGUCAUGGAUGUAUCUCUCAAGGCUCGCCGCCAUGAAAGAGUACGCCUUUAUGAACGCGCUCUACGAGGAAGGCUUUCCAGUGCCGUCACCCAUAGCGCAAUCCAGGCAUACCAUCGUCAUGUCCCUGAUAGACGCAUUCCCCCUUCGACAAAUAAGCGAAGUCCCCGACCCAGCCUCUCUCUACGCAGAACUCAUCUCACUUAUCCUCCGCCUGGCGAGCCACGGCCUAAUCCACGGCGACUACAACGAAUUCAACAUCUUGAUUAAGGAGAUUAAAUCGACAGCUGAGGAUGGCACAGAGUCUAUCAAGCUCGAACCAGUUAUUAUCGACUUUCCACAAAUGGUGUCUAUGGAGCAUGUGAACGCUGAAAUGUACUUUGACCGAGAUGUCAAUUGUAUCAAGCGCUUCUUUUUACGUCGAUUCCACUUCACUCCCACUCAGCCCGGGCCUUUCUUCAAAGACGCAAAGAAGACUGUCGGAAAGAACGGACUCACGCGGCUUGAUGCUACCGUAGAGGCAUCAGGCUUCACCAAGAAGAUGCUGAAGGACCUCGAGGCGGCCAUCAAAAAGAAAGAGGAAGAUAAAGAUGGGCAAGAGGGAGUAGAAGACGAGGAGGAUGAGGACGACGAUGAAGACAGCGACGAUGAAGAAGAGGUAGAAGAUGAUGAUGAAGGAGAGGGGAGCGGCAGUGGACAAGAGGGUUUGCUAAGCGAUGGUCUGUCUCAGGGCCUCUUGCAGGAUGAGCCGGCCAUAAGCAAAGUCAACCAGGAAAUGGCGGGGUUAGCCGUAUAAUCUGUGUUUUAUUCAAAAUCUAAUGAAUCAAGAAAAUGGCAAGCGAAAAUUAGAAGUCAUACUCUUUUAGAGGCACGGUAAAAUACAGGAUAUGGACACUGGGGUGAUGGGAUAUUAUAGCUUCAUCAUUGUGUGUGUCAAAACGAUACUAACGCCGCCAAACUUUUGCCACAGCUACCAUUACCUAGACUCUAAAGUACACAAGGCACAUAAAAUGAUCCC